UCGGUGUCACAGGUUCGCUGCGCUCGGACCCGCGCAAAGUGGCCCAGCCCAUUCCGCUUUCUCACUCGCGCUCGAGCUGCUCCAAAAAACAGCAGGAGGAGAAGAAGACAACGGACGCGUCUUGGAGCCCUCCUUCCCACCUCCCCCCCUCGCCCAUUUGUCCCACGCCGGCACAUCUCAGGAGGAGUGCUCCUCGGAUCAUGGAUCACGCAGGAACCCACGUCCACCAGAGCCACGCAGACACGAUCAGUUUUGGGAUUUAUCAGAUCCUCAACCACGCAGACCAGGCCGGGCUGCCGUUCCCCACCUCCAGGUUCCAGGAGCCCGACCUCGGCUUGGGAUGUAUCUUCGGCGGCCCCUACAGCACCUCGGCGAACAUCUACAGCUCGGGGGGCUCAGCUGGAUACAGCAGCAGCUCCUCCGUGGGCUUCCACUGCAGCCCCUGCGACGCCGGCGCUCCUCUCGCGGGCUCCUACAGCCUGAACGCGGACGGGAACGUGAACGUGAACGUGAACGGGAACGCCGACGCGAACGGCUCGGAUCCAAGCGCAGUGAUCCGGGUUCCAGCGCAUCGACCGCUGAGCUCGCCUCCGAGCAGCAGGGAAAACACGAGCACCGUGGGCAGUCUGGCUGGGCUGAGUUUCCCGUGGAUGUCCAGCAAUAGGAGGCACACGAAAGACAGGUUCUCUGCGGCUCUGCCCCCCCUGACAGCGACCCGACGCCCGGGUCACCCGUACCAGAGCCGAACUCCUCCGAGGAGGAAGAAGCCCAGGACCUCCUUCAGCAGACACCAGAUAUGUGAGCUGGAGAAGCGCUUCCACCGCCAGAAGUACCUGGCGUCCGCAGAGAGGGCCGACUUCGCCAAAGCGCUGCGCAUGACGGACGGACAGGUGAAAACGUGGUUCCAGAACAGGAGGACGAAGUGGAGACGGCAAACCGCAGAGGAGCGAGAAGCUGAACGUCAGCAGGCCAACCGAAUACUCAUGCAGCUCCAGCAGGAAGCUUUUCAAAAAACUAUGGACCAGCCAAAGACUCCAGACCCCAUCUGCCUUAACAACAGCUCCCUGUUGGCACUUCAGAACCUCCAGCCAUGGACUGAUAACCCCGGCACAAUGAACAGGGUCCCUGCUUGUGACUAGAGCAUCAGUUUCAGUGCAGUGAUACUUAUGCAACGUUACACGAGGAGUAAAGUAUACACUAUACUAGAAAUAUACAUAAAUAUAGUUCCGUUUCAUUAAAAUGUAUAUAUACGUAUAUAUAUGAUUAUAUAUAGUUAUACUUACCACAGCAAACAGGACAGUGUCAGGAAAACCUUCCACAUACUACCUAAAUGCAAAACAAAGGACCAAAAAUCAUAUUAGGCACAUUUUUGUGUCUUGAGA